CACACACAUACACACAAUAUGAUAUACAAAAACUAAUAGGCAUGAGUAAAUGAGGCAGGGCAGGAACCCAAAGAAAGAGAUGAUAACUACAUCUUUUAGAACAGGUAAUUCUGGCUUAAAUCUAACAUCACACAGAAUAAGAAAACAUCCCACUGGACUCUGCACACAUUCCAAUACACAAGAGACGGUAAAACGCAUUCUGUUAGACUACAAAAGAUAUGAGGACGUAAGAACUGAGCUAGAGAUGCAAAUUGGAAAGCAAAACAUGACACUAGAGAACUUGUUGGAAAAAACAACUGGAAAAGUGCACCGUUCCCUAAAAAAUUAUCUGAAAAAUACUGGGAUAAAUGAGAGACUUCAGUAAUUCAAUUCAAAUUUGAUUAAUUAUCAAUAUUUCAUUUAAAAUGUUAGUUUUGCAGACAUGGAAUCCAUGUUUUAAUAUAAAUGCUUGUAACGGAAACCCUCCUACUUAGCUAUAUUACUGAAAUACACAAUUAUUUUAACAGAAGGGCCCACACAAUUAUGUUUAAUUACUUCUCACUUUAACUUUGAGUAAAAAAACAUUGUAACAAGUAAUCAUAAACACGUGCAUACAAUGCACACAAGGUAACCACAAAUUGCACAAUGCACAUUACUGUAAAAAUUAAAUAAAAACAUUGUAAACAUGCAACAGUGAAAUUGAUUAACAACUUGAAACUUUUAAGAAAUAAAACCGUUUCAAAAUCCAAAAACAUGAAAGAUGGCGACAUCUCAGGACGAGAGGCGAACUACAGAUAUUAUUCACAUCCUCUCAAGUAAAGCACGCGCAUCAAUAUUAAUAAUAUAAUAGUUAUAUUUUCUAAAAUAUAUAUCACUUCGUUAAAUUGAAGAUCGAUUAAAAUGGGAGAAUCGUUUUUUUUUGUUUUUUUUGUUUUACCCAGCCCUAAUAAUUAUUCAUGUGUAUCAAAACAUUGCACCAAACGGUAUUGAUGCGUAGUUUGAGGUUUUCCCUGAUCUAACACACCUGAUCCAGCUAAUGAAGGACUUGAUAAAUAGCAGAUCCUGUGCACUGAAACAGGAAAACUGUGUAUGCAGUAGGUUUAUCAUGCUGCAUGUGUAAAUAGUCAGUAAUGUUGAGGUAAUCAGCAUUGUCAGGUCUGGGCGGCAGUCUUUCUCCUUGACAAACCUCUGAUCACACAAAUGAUUAUCCUGAAGAACAUCCUGAAGCCGAGUCUGUGUGCGAGUCACUACAGCAGGACAGUCUGAUGUUGUGUGAAGAAAACGCUUCAUCUUCAACCUCUCUGCUAUUCAUUCCUACAAGCUGUACUACAACUUCAGAAGCCCUCAUCCUUAUAAAUUACCUCAGGCUAGAAAUACCAAAGACCAACCAUUCUCCAAACUAAAUAAAUAACAGAAGCACAAUGGAACGAGAGUUGGACUACUGCGCUCUUAUGAAGGGGAUUCAGGAGCUUGAUUUCCAAGGGAAUACAGUGCCAAGUGACCUUGUGCUAACAGGCAACCAUGCCUUCCCACUCUCCAUGAAUCCAAGAGGUCAGGUCCUAAUGGCUGCAUCUCGCUAUGGUCAGGGACGUAUAGUAGUGUUGGGACAUGAGGAGUAUUUAACACGUUUCCCAGUCCUAGUUGAGAAUGCCUUGACUUGGCUUAUGCCGUCUGAGUCUGAAAGCACAACUGUAGGCAUUCAAAAGGAUCUCAGUUCAACUGCAGAGAACUUAUCCUACUGCUCUAUGAAAACCAAGGUAGGAGAUUUCCAAGAUGUCGGUUUAGCAGUCUAUGUCACCGAUGCCUACAGUGUCGAGUCAUGUGCCAAAGAGUUAGUAGCCUUCCUUAAAUCUGGAGGAGGCUUGCUCAUUGCCGGUCAGGCUUGGAACUGGGCUCAAUCCCAUCCAGGAAAGAAUACGUUACUUGGCUUCCCCGGCAACAAAGUGUGCAGUGUGGCAGGAAUCUAUUUCUCAGAGCUUCCAGGGGAAUGUGGCAAAUUUCUUGUGCCCAUGCAAAUUCCCUCAAGCUGGUUGGCAGUGUCGAUUGGUAAGGACUUCAAAGAUGACCUGCAUUUCCUACUACAAGGUGUUUCAGAGUUUGAUGUUCGAGGUGGAGCUUUAGCAUCUGAAGUGAUGGCACAUGGACCCUUAGCCUUUCCGAUUGCACUUACCACAUGUGGUAGAGCGUUCAUUGCUGGGGCCUACUAUGGACAGGGGAGAAUAAUUGUGGCCACCCAUGAAGGCUUCCUUGGUCGUGAUUCACUGUCUAGCUUCUUGAUCAACGCUAUCCGCUGGCUUGAUGAAGGACGUAAAGGGGUUAUUGGAAUCAUGCCAGAACUUAAAGAUGCCCAUCGUGUUCUGAGCAAGUCAGGGCUAAAUUGUCAAUUCACUGGAUUUAGGGAAGACCUCAGUGUCUUUGUCUGUACCUCCUACAAUGAUUCUCAACGUCACCAGAUCCAGGAGUUUGUAGCAGAGGGUGGAGGUCUCAUGAUAGGAGGUCAUGCUUGGUACUGGGCACAAACCAACCCUAACCGCAAUGUGAUGACCGAUUACCCAGGAAACCGUAUCCUCAAUAAAAUGGGACUGUGUCUCAUUGGUAAUACCUUGAAAGGUGACUUGUAUAAAGUCCAGCAAAUAAGGGAAGAUGGGGAAGGUGGUACACCGGCAUAUCAUUUCCGUGACUUGCUGCAGCGCUUUGCUAGCCAUGCCAUCCAGGGCCAGGAUCUUAGUGCACGUGACCAGGAAUGUCUGCAGAAGCUGAGAAAUGAUUGCACAAAUUAUCUGCGCAUGCAGGCUCAUAAAAGUGCUUCCUAUACUUCAAUGGUUUCACUGAUCACAGAUAUGGUGAAAGAGGCAGGAGUUCCACAAGUGUGUCAUAAAUGCCCUGUUAAAAAUACCAAAGAUAAACUGUUGCUUCAUGUGGGAAGUGAGGUGUACAAGGUGUGCAAAGAUCCUGAUGCACUUCUGCCAUUCAUCAUCACCGACAUACCCAACCUACCUACAGUGUCCAACGCGAGAGUCCGGAUCAGUGCAGACACAUCUGGUGGUGAAGAGUGGAUAAGCACAGGUCUGUAUCUUUCUCCUGGAAUGAGGACUUACAUUACAGUACCUGAAGAAAUCAAAGGCAAAGGUUGGCAGCUGCAGAUUGGAUGUCAAACAGAUUGCUUGGGUGAGGCAGAUGUUCUGAAACGCGCUCCUGUGGUGCACAAGCGGUUUCCUUUGGGGAGUGACAUGCCGCAGAUCUGGAAUUUGUGGGGAGGCCUCAUAUACCUGAUUGCACCACCCAAGAGCAAAGUGGCUGGGGUAGAGGUUAUUGUACAGACGGCCGUCAAAGCACCAUACUACAAGUCUGGACAAACCAGUGUAGCAGACUGGGUGAAGAAGAUCCGUAAUGCACCAGCUCCUUGGGCAGAGCUCGAGUUUGAGAAUAUAAUCAUUACCUUACAGUCGGACAUCAUACGUAAACUGGACCGUCCUGAUGAGGUGGCGGCUCUCUGGGAUUCCAUCAUGAAGGGAGUGGCCGACUUGGCUGCAAAACCUGCCAAGUUUCCACGCAAGGAACGUUUUGUUGCCGAUGUUCAGAUCUCACACGGUUUCAUGCAUGCUGGCUACCCUGUAAUGAUUCACUCCGACUCUGCCGCAGCACUUCUGAACCCAGAGACCGCUCGUACACAGGGUAUUUGGGGGGCCAUUCAUGAAUUGGGGCAUAAUCAGCAGUGCUCGGUGUGGGAGUUCCCUCCAAAUACCACAGAGUGCACCUGUAACCUGUGGUCGGUGUAUGUGCAUGAGGAGGUGCUGCGGGUUAACAGGGCAAAGGCUCAUCCGAACAUGUCUCCAGAAAACCGAAAGGCUCGAGCUGAGAAUUAUGCUAAGGGAGGCCGGAAGCUGGAAAACUGGAGUGUCUGGACAGCCCUGGAGACAUACAUGCAGCUGCAAGAUAAAUUUGGCUGGGAUGCUUUCAAGAAAGUCUUUGCAGCCUAUCAUGGCAUCACUAACGUCCCAAACAAUCGAGAUGGAAAGAUGAACUUGUACGCUGAAACAUUCUCAAAGGCGGUGAACAUGAAUCUUGCUCCUUUCUUCAAAGCUUGGGGUUGGCCCAUUCAGCCCAGCACUGAGGAAACACUCAGCAAUCUGCCUACAUGGCAUGACCAUCCCAUGACCCAGUAUGCUUAAUUCCCCAAUCCCAGUAUGCUUGUCACAGUGCACACACAUCUUGGUGGGGGGUUCCCCUUUUUUCUUUUUGGUGCUGGCUUGGGUAUGAAUGUAAUGGUGAUAAAUAUAAACAUGAGUGAAAAAUAAUUCUGAGGUGCAUAUAUAUCUAUCUCUACAUGAUAUAGUUGUGUUUAUUAGAUUACUGUAUAACUGACACAUUAUAAGCACAUCAUACUUGCAGCUAAUCUCCUUUUGGAUGCAAAUAUCUAUAGCUAUUCUGUAGAAUCAGCCAGAUCUAUGCAUGCUGUUUACAAAAUAAAUAUUGAAAUAUAAUGGCUAUACUGUGGUUAUGUUGUCAUUAUCAGUCAUGGUUUAGAUAUGAAUUAACUUCAUUACCAAGUAGAUCUAAAAGUGUUUUCAUUAUUUAAUUGAAUUAUUUUGUUUUUAUUUUAGCAUGGGAUAUGAGAAACAGGAAAGUGGGGUCAUCUUGAAACUGGUGUCAAAUAUUUACAGCACUGUUUGUGCUGGGAGGGGGGACAUGUAUAAAUAAAACCCUACCAUGUCCCUCUGUUUAAGCUCAAAACAUUAUUGCAUGUUAUUCUUUUAGUACCUUAGUGGUUGUGUUUGGAAGUUUGUGUAUGACCAUUACAAACAAAUGGUAAAAAAUUCAAUUAAAAGGUAAGACAGGGUUUGUUUGUUUUUUUUUUUAAAAUGUGAUGAACUCCAAGAUAGGUGGUGCUGUUCUGUACAUCAAUGAUCCUGAAGAAUAAGCUGCUGUUGCUCUGAGUGGGGUUAGGUGUUGCUAUGUGCUGACACUUUCUUAAUAUUUUCACUCUAAAAUAUACGAAGAAGAUAAUACUUUAUUAAUCCCCAAAUGGAGAAAUUAGGGUGUCACAGCAGCAGCCAAAAAGGCAAAAAGAA